UAAAGUUUAGUAUCCAGGUGAAAUAAUCUUCCAUUUCAUUUGACAACUCCACUUUAACCCUGUAUUACAUUUUUAAAGCUGCUUCUUAUUGCUCAUUAUGCUGUCAUAGUUGGGCUUUUCAACAAGUUUUGCUUUUAUUUUAUUGACACAGUUUUUGAUAUACUUUUUUCAAUUUUAAUCUGCAACAUUUACAUUCAGGAUGAACAGCAUUUCGAAAGGACUUUGUAGGCGAUUGGCUUUCAAGAGAUCUUUCUCUUCUGAGGUUGAAUUGUCCGCAACGCCCAGGGUAAGGAAUACAAGGAAAGUGAAUAGUUUCGUAGUUGGCGCCUUCGCAGCGACUGUUGCUGUUGGAUGUCUUUACUAUAAUUCUCAAACCAGCGGGCGUGCUGUGGGUAACGAUAAGCUUGAUGAUAAACGAUAUGUGCCGCUCAAGUUGAUCAAAAAAGAGCAAAUCUCGCCCGAUAGCUAUUUAUUGAGAAUCAACAUACAAAAAGAAGAUGAUAAGCCGUACCCUAUACCUUCUGCUGUAUUUAUAAAAGACGAUUCCAUCCAGAUUAUGCGACCUUAUACGCCCAUCAAUCCGAAUCCAUACAAAGAUGGCUAUUUGGACUUGGUAGUUAAGAAAUAUGAUGAUGGAUCUGUUUCGCGUACUUUGACAGCCUUAAAACCAGAUGACAACCAGCCUAUAUUUGUAAGAGGUCCUAUGAAAGAGGAAGAAUAUGAUUAUAAACCCCACAGUCUGGAUCAGAUUGGAAUGAUUGCGGGCGGUACUGGCAUUUCCCCUAUGUAUCAACUCAUUUGCCAUAUUUUACAGAACCCAAAUGAUAAACAAACUAAAAUAUGGCUAAUCUAUGGCAAUAAGUCUGAGAAGGACAUUUUGCUGCAGAACGAAUUGGAUGAACUGGCCAAGACUUACAGUGAUCGCUUCAAAGUGAAAUACAUCUUGGAUCAGCCUCCACCUUCAUCUGAUGAAACUACUGCUUAUGAAAAGGGAUACGUGACGAAGGAAAUGAUACAAAAAAUGCUAAAAGUUUAUGGCAACGAAGACAAUAAUAAUGCUGCCAGCAGCAACAGAUUAAAGAUCUUUGUUUGCGGGCCUAAUGCUAUGCUAGCCAAAGUUUGCGGUGAACGAGCACAAGAUAAUAGCCAAGGGCAAGUGCGUGGUAUUUUGGCAGAAUUAGGUCUUUCUAAAAAUGAAGUUUUCAAAUUUCAAUGAGAUAAUAAAGCAAUUGAUUAUUUGAUAUAUUUUCUAAUGCUAUGUAUGAUGGAACCUGAGUAUUCAAACGAACAUGCAAGGAUCAAUGCUAGCCAUAGAAAUGCUUACCGUCCAAAUAAGUAUCAAAAGAAUAUUCUUUGGUAACUAUGGGUUUAUCCAUGCUAAAUUGAUAGCCUAGUAAAACUU